AUGCCUUCUUCAAAGGGAAAGACGCAUUCAAAGAACCAAUCAAGGUUGUCGAAUUCUGACAACUUUUCUUCACCUGGGUCACUUGAUUUUGAAGCUACUGAUGAGAGUUUUGCAAGCUCUCUUGAACAAGCUUCGGUUAAAUACCCAUCUCUGAUUCAGAACGACCCCAAAAGCUGUAAAAUUUGGCUUUCAGAGCCUUCCAUUCCAAUGUUGCCUCUUCCUUCUCCCCUGGAUCCGUUGUUGCGGCGUCUCUUCCUUUUAACUAAUGACGCAGGGAACUACUUUGCUCUUGCAAUGAUUUUUCCUUCUUCUAAGAUUACAAAGAAUGGUGUGCUAUUGUCUUCAAAUCUUUCCAAUACAAUGGGUUGUCCUCCAUCAGGCAGGGUCAUAUUCAUCACUAUGUACAAACUCUAUCCCAAGCUUGUCUUGUGUGUGAUACAAGAAAAGCGCUUAGUUUUGGUUUACGACAUACAAUGGGAGUGCUUCUUCAUGGUCCUCCUGGUACGGGAAAGACUUCUUUGGCUCGAUUAUGAAUUUUUCUCUGUCAAUGGCUCUGAAGUUGUGAAACAAUACCAUGGAGAAAGUGAGCAACCUUUGUGUGAAGUUUUUGACUCAGCUAGCCAAGCUGCACCUUCUGUGGUUUCUGGAUUUAGUCAUGGAGGGGAAGGGUUCAGUGGAAGGUGGAGGAAGUGGAUUUCAGGUUGCUUGGAGUCUACAAAUUUUUCCAUUCUGAUUAAGGGGAGGCCUAGGGGUAAAUUCAAGGCUUCUAGAGGUGUAAGGCUGGGAUAUCCUUUAUCUCCUUUCUUGUUCAAUUUAGUUGUUGAUGUGUUGAGUAGGCUCUUGGAGAAAGCCCAAGAGAACAACAUGAUUGAGGGGAUCAAGAUCAGAAAUGAGGGGGUUGAGAUUUCUCAUAGGCAGUUCGGAGACGAUACUAUUUUUUUCUUGGAUGCUGCUGAAGAGAAUUGGGAACAUUUACUUGAGUUGCUGAAUUUAUUUUGUAAGAUUUCUGGGUUGAGCAUCAAUAAAGCUAAAUGCUCUCUUCUGGGCAUCAACUCUAAUUGUGAGAAGAUUUCCAGAUUGACACAGUCCUGGGUCUACCUCUUGUGGGGGACGCGAGAGCCCUUAAAUUCUGGGAUGCUGCUGUGGAAAAGGUGGAAUUUCGCCUCCAAAACUGGAAAAAAAACCUACUUAUCUAGAGGUGGAAGGCUUAUUUUAAUUCAAGCGGUCCUGAGUAGCAUCCCAAUGUAUUACUUGUCCUCGUUCAAAAUUCUGAUCGGGGGUGGCUAG